UGCAGUGUCACCAUGAGCCUUCAAACUGUCUUACUCAGGCUCUCAGUUGGUUUUGUCAUGUUUUCCUUGGCUCGCUCCCCUCAACCUAAGAGGUCAGGAUGCUUCAAAGUAAACCCCUGCAAAUGCAUCAUGAAGGAUGGGAGCGGUGUGAUCAACCUGAAAGCUAUGGGAGAUGCGGACGGUUUCCUGGGACGUCUGAAGCCUAUGUCAGCAGAGAACAUGCCAGUCAGUGCAGAGAUCCUCCUGACCUUCAGCCCCUGCCAGCCUUUCUCACUGCCAGAGGACCUGACAGGAGCAGACUGUACUAAUAUUGCUGCAUGCCUUAUUGUCAGAAACAGCUGGGCCCCUGGCAUUAACGUGCAUGUUUGGGAGAAUGGCAGCGGCAUGUUUUUUAGAUUGAGGUAUCAGAGGCUCAACAGCGACGUUAGCCGCUAUAUCAGCUAUGGGAGACAUGAAGGGAAUGAAUUCUACUACAAUGACACCCUGAAGAUGCUGUCUGUUUCAUACUUUUCUCAUGACGAGCAGCCACUGACAGUAGUGCAUUACCACUGUAAUCCAAAUCAGUCCGCUUCUUUCAUCCGGGACCAGAGCCUCAGCGCUGAGGAGCCCCUGCAGAUCUGGGUGGAGAGCCCCUGUGCUUGUCCAAAUGCCUGUGCAAUGGGAGAUCUGGGUCUAGGCACCAUCUUCCUCAUCAUCCUCUCCCUCAGUCUUGCUGCAUACUUCAUCCUUGGUUCCUGUGCUCUGAGGCCUUCCCGGAACAGCAGUGGAGUCCAGAUCUCUCCUGAGCACAGCGUGUGGUGUAUGAUCUGCUACCUCUGUGCAGAGAGAAGGCCUACAAGACACUAUACAGGCAUGACACACUGUGACAGAUAAGCAGCUACACACCUCUGGAACACUGCAAGAAGGCUCAGUAUGAGCGUGUGUGUGUGUGUGUGUGUGUGUGUGUUUGUGUGCCUUUUUGGAUCGUUUUGUGUCCAUACUUUUAAUACAUUUACAAACAUUAAAGAUAUUUGUCACACAUUAUUCAUGAAGAACUUUGAAUGGAAUAAUCGUCAUAAAGGUGUAAAUCCUACAAGACCUUUUGAUGAUAUGUCCUGAUAAGGAAACUGAGAACUGAUGAUUAAGUUUUAGUUUUUUCUUACAUGUUUAGACAAAAAGUUGUUGUGUAUGUAAAUAGCAAAUAAAAAUGAUUUAUU